GGUUUCAUGUGGCAGGUGCAUUCGAUAUUCCACGUGCCGCACCUGCUGCUGUACCGGCGGCUCGGGAUCCUCACAGCCUUCUGGAGCUUCGUCAGCGUGCUACUUAUCAUUGGAGCUAUCACGGAGGAAGAGAUACUGUACGAGGUCUGGAUCUGGUACUCAUCGGUCUACGUGCCCGUGAUGCUGAUCAUCAUGUGCAUCGUGAUGACGGCUUCCAUCUGGGCCAUGGAGCUCAAGAUGAUGCGAGCCGUCGCCGCCACCGUCGCCGUGGUCUUCUAUCUCUUUAUGUUCUACAGCAUCAUAUUCGUGCAAGCUGAGAAGCGGAAGAUCUUCUCAACAACGACGCCCACAACGACAACAACGACGCCGUGCCCCUGGUGUCCCACCUGCACGACGCCAAAGUGCACCACACCCAAGAAGAAGAAACUCCUGCGCACGGUCGAGCUGAUGCUGCUGCAUAGCUCUGAGACGACAUCUACGGAGAAAAACACGCUCUCACACGAGCUGAUAGUGGAAGAGGAGAUCACGACGAAGAAAACCAUUCGCAUGUUGGAAUUGAUGCUUCUGGAUCGCUUACGGUGACCAACGGGCGUAGCACACUAGUUAGAAAAACUUUAUCGCAUCGGGUCCCUAUCGCACUUACAGAUAGUGAGAAAAGGACGGCGUUAUUUAUUAUUUUAUCAGGCGACAGUGCUUGCCUGCCUGGAAUGACUCUUGCCUAUCUAUACGUGAAGGACUUAAGGUACUUGGCUUUGUGUUGAGCA